CCUUCGCACCCGCAGCCGGCGCUCCACUCCCAGUCCGUCCCGGAGCAACGCCGAUGCCUCGCACCCGCAUCCUCAUCCGCAUCGGCCGCCGCCGCCGCCGCUCCUCCUCCUCCUCCUCCUAGCCGAUGUCGGGCCUCCGUCUCCGCCCCCGCCGCUCGUCAUCUUCUACCUUUCCGAUGCCCCGCUCCCGCCUCCGUCACUACGCCUCCGCCAUGCCGAUGUCCAGCCUCCGUCCCCUCCACCGCAGCUCCUCCUCCACCACGUCGCCUGCACGCGCCUGGUCCCCCCAUGCCGCCUUCGCCGCGGCCACGGAGCGUGUCCGCGCCGGGGCGCUCAGGCCGGAAGACGCACACACCCUGUUCGACGAAUUGCUUCGGCAGGCCACACCGGUCCCCGAGCGAUCCCUCAACGGCUUCCUUGCCGCCCUCGCCCGUGCGCCCGCCUCCGGAAACUGCAUCAGAGAUGGCCCCGCCCUCGCAGUGGUUCUCUUCAACCGUGUGUGCAGAGAGGAAGCCGGCCCGCAGGUGGCGGCGCUCACAGGCUGCACCUACAGCAUCCUCAUGGACUGCUACUGCCGCGCCCGUCGCCCGGACCUAGGGCUUGCCUUAUUUGGCCGCUUCCUCAGGGAAGGCCUGAAGACACACCAGAUCGUCGCCAACACCUUCCUCAAGUGCCUCUGCUAUGCGGAAUUGACGGAUGAGGCAGUGGACGUGCUGCUUCAUAGGAUGUCCGAGCUCGGGUGUGUGCCUGAUGCCAUCUCAUACAACACUGUCCUGAAGAGCUUAUGCGACAAUGGCAUGAGCCAGCGGGGGCUCGAACUGCUCCAGAUGAUUGCAAAAGAAGUAGGUGUCUGCUCUCUCAAUCUGGUGGCAUAUAACACGGUCAUCUACGGCUUCUUUAAGGAAGGUGAAACAGGCAAGGCAUGCAAUCUAUUCCAUGAAAUGAUGCAGCAAGGUGUUGAGCCCGAUGUGGUGACUUACAACUUGAUCAUUGAUGCUUUGUGCAAGGCCAGAGCAAUGGACAAGGCAGAAGUAGUCCUUCAGCAGAUGAUCAGUAAAGGUGCUCAACCUGAUACAGUGACAUAUAAUUGCAUGAUCAAUGGAUAUGCCACAUCUGGGCGGUUGAAAAAGUCUGCUAAAAUGUUCAGAGAAAUGAAAAGCCGGGGUCUUAUGCCAGAUAUUGUUACUUGCAACUCCUUCCUGUCCUCCCUUUGCAAGCAUGGAAGAAGCAAAGAAGCUAGAGAAAUAUUUGAUUCCAUGACCGCCAAGGGCCACAAACCGGAUAUCGUCUCAUACCGUAUUUUGCUUCAUGGGUAUGCCAGUGAAGGAUGCUUUGCUGAUAUGAUUGAUCUCUUUAAUUCAAUGAAAAGCAAUGGUAUUGCAGCUGACUGCCGUGUUUUCACCAUAUUAAUUGGUGCCUAUGCUAAACACGGAAUGAUGGAUGAUGCAAUGCUCAUAUUUACGGAAAUGCAGCAACAAGGUCUGAGUCCAAAUGUAGUGACAUAUUCAACUGUAAUAUCAGCACUUUCUAGAAUGGGUAGGUUGGCCAAUGCUAUGGAGAAAUUUAAUCAGAUGAUUUCCAUGGGGGUUCAACCGAACAAAGCUGUUUAUCACACCCUAAUUCAGGGCUCUUGUAUGCAUGGUGAUUUGAUUAAAGCCAAGGAGCUGGUUUCUGAAAUGAUGAACAAAGCGGAUAAAUAUACGAGCUCAUGCUGGACUCUCCUACACUCUAUGCUGCUGUCAGUUGCACUGGUGGGAGCUCGUCACAUACAGGUAAAGGUAUGGCCAAGAAUUCACCGGUGUGAGCUUUCGCUUCAGGGUGUAGGACACUAACACUACCUCAGUUCUGGUGCCCUCUGUUCUCCGUACUGCCCUGCAACAGUAAACUUUCCAAGAAUCCAUGCUGCAACCUUUACCUUCUCUGUUCAUUUCUUGGUCCUCAACUGCAUCAAUGCGCCACAGUUACUUCUCUGCUUCAGGUACAACCCCGGAUGCACACACUUACACGGUGAGGACAGCAUUGAGUUCCUCCACCAUACACAUCCUUCUUGCUCCCCUUCCUCUUGUUCAGAUCUCAGCUUCUUUCUACCUAGCGUUGUUCGAAAAUAGUUGAAGGCGAACCGUUCUUAUGUUUUGCUCAAUCUUGGUUCUUGGUUGAAUAGCAUCACUUGGAUGUCAACUGAGUUUGCAAGGAAUUGGGUGGAUUAAAAGGAUCUGAAACAGGCUUCAUUCUUGUAUGUUACUGAAACUUUGGCUACAUAGAAACCUCGGUUCAGUUGCAUACCUAGCUUAGCAUUCAGCCAAAUUCAUGUUUGUAUGCAACAAGUGCAAGUUUGGAUUUAACAAUUUGGUAGCAGAAGUUUAUGUCUACUCGAACGCAUCAUUCAUUUGUCAUUUAGUUCCGCCCAUGGUUAUGAAAGAAACAUUUCUAUGCUGUUGUCACCGAUAUGUUCAGUGAUGCCUAUUGCACUAAGCAGCUAAAAGAACUUCAAGUGUCAUCAGCGAAUGCAUGAAGGUUCAUUUUUCACUGAGGUUCCUGUGGAGUGCAUGCCUUUUCACCUUUUCAGGAGAGUCCCGGGUCUGCUCACCUUUUCAGGAGAGUCCCGGGUCUGCUCCUCCCAUAGCAGUCACGGCGUCUUCUGUCCGGCGAGGGUGGAUAGGCUGGCGUGUUGGCUGAGCGGGGCCUCCUGUUGGCACCUGUUGUUACGCUCGGCAUGUCAUUGACGAGAGUGGGCUUGGCGCAGUGAGUAUCGAUGUUUGGAAGUGGGCUUAGCCCUUGUUGUAUCGAUUUUUGUCCGGUUUUCCGUAAUUAACUGGGCAUCAAUCUUCUUAAUUAAUGGAACGGGUAAAGCUUUUGCCCACAUUUCAAAAAAUAUAUAUUUGUCACUGAGAAUUAAAUGCCACAUUGAGGACUGCAAGUGCUCAUUUUUAAAGGCGUGAUUUGCAAUCUCACAUGUCUGACUCUUUUUCAUGGAUUUGUUUCUGUCUGCAAUAAAUUGCAAAACUGCUCCGUUUUUCAUUCUCAAAAUUUUGAAUUUCAGGAAUCCAAUUUGGACAAGCAUAUUAAGGCAGUUCAGGAGCGGAUAGACCCUUCACAUGUGGAUUCUAUGUUUUCAUACAAGCAUAGCAUGUAAGGGGCAAUCAUGAUAAAUGGACCUAGCGAUCACGUGCAUGUUGAGGUCGAUUUCGUGGAUGCUGAUGAGCAAUUACGACCUCGUCCAGGCAGGCACAAGAGGGUGCCCAUUUCCGUCGAGACUUUGAUGCGAAAGAGGGUAACCUGCUCCUGUUUACGAUGAUGGAACCGAGUAUCUGAGAUGGCUUCUUUCAGGUUGAUUCUGGAAGGAAUUGGAACGAUGCUACAUUUUUUGGUUGAUCAAGCAGGCUGCUGUACUUUGAGAUAUCCGCAAUGUUAUUAUGCAUGUAUGUACAUCUCAAGGAAAUAGAUAGGCAAGAGCAGCAUGUAACCGUGUCACAGUAUAAGAUACAAUUGUCUAGAUAGUAUGAGAUGUGAAUCAGCGAAGAUGCUAUUUCCGCUCAAGUAACGAGGAACCCCCGA